CCUACCACGACCACGUCAGCUGGAUCAAUGAACCUACGUCGCAAUGACUGUUCGAACAGGAUGCGGGCCCUCCGCUGCUGGGCUGAGGGUCACCUCAAUGCCCCCUUCACUUUACCCUCACUACCUACUCACCCAACCCUACUCACUGAGCCUCUCGCUCCUCGGCUUCUUUUUGAACCAUGAACCACUGCGACAACAUAGCUAGGCAACUAGCCACUGAGGACGAUGGUGGGGAGGCAACUACUUAUAUCGUUGAGAGCAAAAACCGCAUCGCCAACAAGAAAAGGCUUGACAAACAAUGGGACGACUUUGUGACGAUGUAUGAUCUCCCAAAAAGCCUUCUGGAAUUUCAUGCGCCUCCAGCCUGCAAACAACUGGAGCUUUUCUUUCUUCACCUUGCACGGAUCUCAAACGGCACCAUCGGAGACAGGCCUACCGUCCGGUAUCUGCAGAAACUUUUCAUCUUGGUUAAGCAAUUAAUCCUUAUGCAAUCAGGCUUUCGGAUCCCACCAGCAGAUGUCACAUGUAGUAUCAACAGCCUUUUCCGAUGUGGAGAAGCAAUCAUAAAGGCCAAACCGAAACCUGUUGCUAUGUUCCAGGCCACCGAGGACAUCGUGACAUAUAGCUGGUGCCAGGACGAACAUGAGAACUCUAUUCCACUCUGUAUAGAAACAGAUCCGUCUGACUGGUAUACCUGCCCUGUUGUAUAUUUCAUUGCAUUAGCCCUCGCGGAUGAUGUCUUUAAGGACUUGAAUGAUUACCAUUCCAUCCGCAUCCCACCAACAGCAAACUCCCAUGCUUUCGAUAUCAACCCCGACAAGACAGAUCUACCUGUAUGCCGCAGAGUCAACACGGAUGGUAGUAUCUCUGAGAAAAUCAUGACAGGGAAUUCACUUUGGACAUACUUGGCCGACCUUGGGUACCGUUGCGGCUACAAAGACAAGCUUUCCAGCUAUGCCUUCCGCAGAGAUUGCGGUAAUAGCCUUGACGACAAAGUGUCUACUGCCAAAAGACGUCAAGUGAUAGGACACCAGGCCGGCUCCGAUUUAACCUACCAGAAGUAUUACUCCUCGACUACCAUCGGCAUAGAUCUUCCCUCUGUCGUUCGGGGAAGGGAUCAAGAUCAAGAAUACAUAGACUUUGCCCGUUGUAUUACUUUCGGCAGGGACACCAAUGCACCAAUGCCAGAAGGAUCGCUCAUCAAUAAUAUACCGUAUUUGGUCCCGGAACAAGAGCUCAAACAGUUGCAAGAAAAGUAUCCCAAGCGGGCGCGAAAUGACCUCGUGAAAAAGGCAAAGAAGGAUCAUUUUACAAGAAAGAGAGAAGCGUACUUUACAAACAUGGACCGCCAUCAACACGAACCACGGUCAUCGUAUUACUUUGAGGUUAUGCUGAAGUACGACCAUGCCCGAAGAGCCCUUAUCGAGAGCUUCCGGGACCCCAAAUCAUUAGACAAAGUCUUGCGCUCUCUGCAGAUACUAGCACACCCCUCAGCUCCGAGCCCGCAUUACUAUCCAGGAGCGGGGCCCAAAAACCACUCUCUGCCCUUUCUGCCUCGGGAGCUCAAAGAAAAAGGCAUUAGUACAAUAUAA